AGCGCUUCAGCGGAUCAACGCGAGUGUGCUAUAUGUCUGCGUGCUCUGGGUCUCAUCCUGCAGAGGGGUAAUGUGUGUACCAACUGUCAUCGGCGCAUCUGCAACUUCUGCACUGCUACGCCUCCAGGCAGCAACUGCAAAUGCACCAUGUGUGCGAAGACUGCGGAGCUGAAGGUAGUUACUGGAGAAUGGUUUCUGGAAGAGAGAUCCAAGAGGUUUCAACAUGCCAGCAUUACCAGCAGUGAUGUAGUCAAACAGUCAAUCCUCAGCAGUGUUCCAGAUGGAGGCUCUGCUCACAGAUCAUCAGAGAUGGAGAGAUCAGCUACGCCCCAAUCCCAGAAAAGCACAGGGAAGAACAGGAAAGGGAAGAGAGUGGUUGCAGUGGAAUCAUCAGGGUUACCAACAGUACCCAAUAACAUGAGAGCACAAAUGGUCAAAACACCGACCCAGACGGAGGCAAGAAACGGGCCGGAUGGGGCAGAAAGCGUGUCUAGUAUACUAAGCAGUGACAGUGUUCUUGAAAAGAUGAUGGCUGGGCGGAGACAAACAGAUUCUAGCACACCCUCUAUCGCCAUAUCCAGAGCCUCCCUCUCAUCAGAUCGCAGUUGCUCUGAGUUGGACCUUAGUAAUCCUGUUGAGGGGUUCAGUGAAGACCCUCUGAUUAGUCGAUGCCGCUCUGUUCCAGGCCUGAACGAUGUGGACUCAGAUGAGGACAUUGAUGCGGCGUUAUCAGCACACUAUAAAACCAACCGGAGCAUCUGCAGUGCACAAUCAAUGUCUUCCACACCUGCCUCGGAGAGAAAGUGGGGUUUCCUAAAUGUACCUGACUCAGAUGCUGACACUACCAGCAUCAACAGUAUGAUGAGCGUGUACAGUGAGACGGGGGACUAUGGCAACGUGCGGGUUUCCGGGGAGAUCCUGCUCAACAUCUCUUACAGCUAUAAAACAGGGGCACUCAACGUGCUCAUCCGUGAGUGCCGCUGCCUAGCAACUGGGGAUGAUAGGAGACAGCGCACAGAUGCCUAUGUUAAAACAUAUCUCCUGCCAGACAAGUCCCGUCAAAGCAAGAUGAAAACCAGCAUCAAAAGCAACACCACUAACCCAGUGUUCAAUGAAAACCUGAGGUACGUGGUCAGUCACUCUCAGCUGGAGACACGCACACUGCAGGUUUCUGUGUGGCAUCAUGAUCGUUUUGGACACAACAGCUUCCUGGGGGAGGCUGAGCUGACCUUUGACUCCUGGGAGUUUGACACGCAAAUAGAGGAGUGGUUCGCUCUGCAGCCCAGGAAUGAGUCUUAUGUGGACGCAGUGAUUCACUACAAAGGGGAACUGACAGUGGUUUUGAAGUACAUUCCUGCAGAGCGAAAUCUCUCCCUGCCUCUGGACCAAGUCCAAGUAAAAAAGGGAUUUCUAAAAGGAAAGAAGAAGGCCAUCACUCUCCCUAAAGGAGGAAUGGUGGAGCUGCUGGUUAAAGAGGCAAAAAGCCUGACAGCCGUCAAAGGAGGGUCCUCUGACCCGUUUGUCAAAGGAUACCUGUUGCCUGAUGACAAGAAAAACACAAAGCACAAGACAGCCAUGGUGAAGCGCACUGUAAACCCACGCUGGAAUCACACCUUCACAUAUUGUGGCCUGCAGCACAGCGAUCUGGACAGCGUGUGUCUGGAGCUGACAGUGUGGGACAGAGAGCCGUUCUCCAGCAACGUCUUCCUGGGUGGUGUGCGGCUCGGGGCAGGAACAGGUCAGUCUUUCUUUAGCUCAGCCCUUUUCCCUACAGUCUUUAAAAAAGAAAAAAAAAGUGACGUGACAUGUGGCCAGCCAGCAACGUCUUCCUGGGUGGUGUGCGGCUCGGGGCAGGAACAGGUCAGUCUUUCUUUAGCUCAGCCCUACAGUCUUUAA